AUGGUCCUAGGCCUCUUCGAACAAUCCGAAGCCGACAAGCGCGCAGCCGAGGUGCGCGCCGGCACCGUUGCGCCCACGCGCUCCGAGCGCCAAAAGUGCUGGAUGGCGCGCGACGGCUACUUUGCGUGCCUGGACCGGAACAACAUCAUCGACGCGCUCAAGGACGAGAAGGCUGCCGCGAAGGCGUGCAAGGCCGAGAGCGCCGAGUUUGAAAAGGAUUGCGCUGCUCAGUGGGUCACAUACUUUAAGAAGUGGCGCGUCCAAGAUAUCCAGAAGAGGGCUCGCCUAAAGGAGCUCGAGGCUCAGGGCGCCGUCAAGAUGGACGUCAACACCGAGUUCAAGCAGUAA